AUGAGCCUCCGGCUGUCAACCAGGCAGCUUUGUCGUCCAACCUAUCGACCUGUGUUUUCCUCAGCAAGUAGUAGACUUGCGCAGUUCAGUCAUGCUUCGGUGAUACGACAGGAAAAGGCUGAAGAUCCUCGCCUCAAGGAGGAAGCCGGUGACUUGGUCAUAGAAGAUCAAUAUGCAAUCCUUCGUGACAAGUAUGUCCUGACGAAGGAGAAAGACACACCCAAGAAUCCAAUCAUUCUAGCUCAUGGACUCCUUGGAUUCGAAGAACUCAACAUUGUGCCCAAAGCAGUUGCGCCUGGCAUACAGUACUGGAGAGGUAUCCGUGAGGCACUAGCUGCGAAAGGCAUCGAAGUCAUUACCGCAACUGUACCGCCAUCUGGAUCCAUCGAAGCACGUGCUCAGAAGUUGAGUGAGGAUAUACAUGCCAAAGCGAAAGGAAAGAGUGUGAAUAUCAUUGCACACAGCAUGGGCGGCCUGGACUCUCGAUACAUGAUCAGUCAACUAAAACCGCCAAACGUCAAGGUGCUCUCAUUGACGACAAUUGCAACACCCCAUCGAGGCUCCUCAUUCGCAGAUGUCAUGUUCUCCUGGAUCGGACCAACCAAUAUCCCCAAACUCUACAAAAUGCUCGAAUUCUUCGGCUUCGAGACCGGUGCCUUCAGCCAACUAACCCAAAAAUACAUGCAAGAGAACUUUAACCCCAAAACACCCGAUCGUGAGGGUAUUGCCUAUUACUCGUACGGUGCCACGGUAAACCCAAGAUUCUGGAGCAUGUUUCGCCAGAGCCACAGGAUCAUACAGAAGCUAGAGGGUGAUAAUGAUGGGCUUGUGAGUGUGUCAAGUUCCAAGUGGGGAACUUAUAAAGGCACGUUGAAGGAUGUUAGUCAUUUGGACAUGAUCAACUGGACGAAUAGGCUAAGAUGGUUUCUGUGGGAGCUGACUGGAAAUAAAAGAAAUUUCAACGCCAUUGCCUUCUACUUGGACAUUGCUGAUAUGUUGGCGAAAGAAGGAUUGUAA